GUGCUUGUGGAGGCAUCAUCUUGCACCUGCUCAGUCGUCUUCGCUUGUCGUCCAAGAAUGGCCGCUGCUGCAGCAGGAAUAAACAAGCAGGGCGCUGUAGCGACGAUGGAGCCCUGCAUCCGACACGGGAGGGGAGCCAGUGGAAACAGCGUCAAGGUGCUGGAGUGUGGUGUCUGUGAGGACGUCUUCUCCCUCCAAGGAGAUAAGGUCCCCCGUCUUCUGCUGUGCGGUCACACGGUGUGCCAUGAUUGUCUAACCCGGUUGCCCCUCCACGGAAGAGCGGUCCGCUGCCCCUUCGACAGACAGGUCACUGAGCUGGGGGACUCUGGAGUUUGGGGUCUGAAGAAGAACUUUGCCCUGCUCGAGCUCUUGGAGCGACUCCAGAACGGAGCCUCCAACCAGUCGGGGAUGGCGGAGGACGCUCUGAAGGGCAUGGGAGAAUGUAUAAUCCGGUGUGACGAGGACGAGAGCCACACGGCCUCCAUGUACUGCACCGUGUGCGCCACCCACCUGUGUGCCGAAUGCUCCCAGCUCACCCACUCCACCCGCACUCUGGCCAAACACCGCCGCGUCCCGCUGGCCGACAAGCCGCACGAGAAGACCCUGUGCCCGCAGCACCAGGUCCACGCCAUCGAGUUCGUGUGCCUGGAGGAGCCGUGUCAGUCCGGGCCCCUGAUGUGCUGCGUGUGUAAGGAGUACGGCAAGCACCAGGGACAUAAGCAUGCCGUUCUGGAGACUGAAGCCAAUCAGAUCCGUGCGUCCAUUUUGGACAUGGCCCACUGCAUCCGCACCUUCACAGACGAAGUGUCCGAGUACUCCAGGAAGCUGGUGGGCAUCGUGCAGCAAAUAGAGGGGGGGGAGCAGAUCGUGGAGGACGGCGUCGGCAUGGCACACACUGAACAUGUCCCUGGCACGGCAGAGAGCGCCCGCUCGUGUGUGCGGGCUUACUUCGCGGACCUCCACGAGACGCUGUGCCGGCAGGAGGAGAUGGCGCUGAGCGUGGUGGACGCUCACGUCAGGGAGAGGCUGAUCUGGCUGAGGCAGCAGCAGGAGGACAUGACCAUCCUGCUGUCCCAGGUGUCCACGGCCUGCCUGCACUGCGAGAAGACUCUUCAGCAGGACGACUGCAGAGUUGUGCUGGCCAAGCAGGAGAUCAACUGCCUGCUGGAGACGCUUCAGAAGCAGCAGCAUCAGUUCACAGAGCUGGCAGAUCACAUUCAGCUGGACGCCGGCAUCCCCGUCACCUUCACCAAGGACAACCGGGUCCACAUUGGUCCAAAGAUGGAGAUCCGUGUUGUCACUCUGGGUCUGGACGGAGCCGGUAAAACCACCAUCCUCUUCAAGCUGAAGCAGGAUGAGUUCAUGCAGCCAAUCCCAACCAUCGGUUUCAAUGUGGAGACGGUCGAAUACAAGAAUCUGAAAUUCACCAUCUGGGACGUGGGAGGUAAACACAAGCUGAGGCCUCUGUGGAAACACUACUACCUGAACACUCAAGCGGUGGUGUUUGUGAUUGACAGCUGCCACAGGGACAGACUGAUGGAGGCUCACAGCGAGCUGGCCAAACUGCUGACGGAGAAAGAGCUGAGGGACGCCUUGUUGCUCAUCUUUGCCAACAAACAGGACGUUCCCGGGGUCGUGUCUGUGGAGGAGAUGACGGAGCUGCUGAGCCUACACAAGCUGUGCUGCGGGAGGAGCUGGCACAUUCAGGGCUGCGACGCCCGCAGUGGGAUGGGCCUCCACGAGGGGCUGGAUUGGCUCUCCAGACAGCUGGUGGCUGCUGGCGUCCUGGACGUCGCCUAAAUGUCAGCUCGCUCUACAUCUCUACUGACUCUGCCCCCCCCCCUCCCCCCUCCCCCUCCCCCUCCCCCCUAACAACUGAACCUAAACAUGAAAUACAAAAAGGCUCUAAGCCUGCCCUCCUCAUCUUUCCUCCUUUGCGCACCACUAUGCACAAAGAACACAAAGAUGUAAAUACUCUCUCUCUCUCUCUCUCUCGCUUCACUGAUUCAGUAGAUGGAAUAGACAAAACCUUCUUGCAGUAGGACCCAAACCUCUGGCUCUAAAAAGCUGAGAGAAAGGGGAACUUUGGUAUCUUUAAACUUUGGCCCUAUUUUUUUUUUUUUUUUAUAUUUCAGGGUCUAAAUGACCAAAAGUUACAAAACAAAUAUGGAAUUAAUCCAGUUUAUUGCUUCAGCCGGCAGCUGAAAACUGUCGCAACGUAUUCAAAUAUGCCAGAACAAAAUCAAGUCUCCUUAAAGCUCUUGUUUUUGUCACUGAGCUUUUUAAAUGAAGUGUCUGAAAACAUGACAGAAAGGAUCCCUACAGAGAUCAAGCUUGUUGUUAAGGACUGAGAUCCCCUCUAUGUGAUGUCAUAGCUCUCUCUAAAGCCUCCACACUACAUCGACAAAAUCUUUCAUUUUAACGUUUUUUUUCUGGUUAUGAAACCGACUGAAAUGAACACUGAUGAAGUUCUUCAUCUUCUCCUGCCUCGAUCAGUCACUUGAUCAUUUGCAUAAUCCGAUAUAAGGUUUUUAUCAGAUCAAAUAAAAUAUCCAUGUAAUGCACAAGAACACUAAACUAACCAAUACUAUUUUAUCGGGAUCCUUUCUGUAAUAAUGACGGACAGUUCAAAUAAUCUGAGAGGGACUUUUGCUUUAAAAAAAAAAAGCACUUAAAGCUCCUGUGAGGAACUUUCAGUUUGUGUGAUUUUGGCGCCCCCCCUGUGGACAAAAGUGGUACCUCUUGGCAGAUUUUGACCUGUACAUGUGGCGGUAGUGUUUUCUGGUGGAAAAAUUAUAGCCUUGCUUGUUUUUAGCAGUCAAACGUUUCAUUUACCUUUAAUUUAAAAUGUAAAAAAAAAAAAAGGUUAAUUCAGCAUUCUUAUCAGGUAGCUCGCCACAGAAGGGUGAGGCUGCCGGGUGGACAAAUCUACCGGCUCAAUUCUAAAACCGUUUCUACUUUUAAAGUCAGUUUGACCCUGAAAUACUUCUAAAAAUAGGAUUGUGGUUCAGUAACUGCGCUCUUAGACUACAAACUGCUUCAUCUUGAGCCAGCUUAAACGUUGCUUUCUUUCCUCUCUCUCUCUCUCUCUCUCCUCGUUACUCCCAGCGUGUUCGUCCGACAUCUUAAGCUAAAUAACUAAAGCUCGGUAGAUGUUUAUAACGCUCAUCGUGCCCCGACAGCGUGGACUCGAGUGAUUCCUCUCAUAUUGUCAUUUAUAAUAACCUCCUCUGUGCGUGACAGUAAACUUAAAACAUCCAGUAGUUUUUAAAUGGUAACCAUGGCAACAUGCCCAUGACAAUUUUACGCUUAAUUCCGUAUAUAUCCGCAGGUAAGUGAGACGGGACUUGAAAAGGUUCUCUCUGUGUGUGUUAUAAGAGUUUCUGUGGCUUCAAACUGAUGCUCAAACGUUCAGACUUUGCCUUCACAUCUAUUGUAAGCAAUAGCAGCGACUUUUAUUUACGCGUUCGUUUGGUUUUUUUUCUCCCCCCCGUGUGCUAAAUGAACCUAUUUAAAGCCGCAGCUGGUCUUGAAAUGGCGCACGUCAUGUGUAGUUUUUUUGGGGAGGGGGGGUUUUUGAAAUGUAGUGUUGUUUUCUGUUACAGACGUGUUUACUGAACUUAUUUAUGAGCGUGAACUUUGAUACGAGGCGGUCGGGGGAAAAGGAAUCUGUUCACGCAUGGAUUUCUGCCUCUUGCUUUGUGGAGUUUGCCGCACGCAGAUUUGUGUGGCAUGCACUCGUUUGCUGCCUCUCUCUCUCUCUCUACCGGUUUUGAUUUUAGACGCAAAUGAAUGCUGCAAAAACAAAAUGUCUUGUGGAAACUAUUUAAAACACCUACCAGGUCCCGUUUGUCGGUGUGUGUGCGCGGAUGAAAAACGUGCACCUUUUUGGUCUCCAGCCUUCAGCUCUAAUGUGAAACGUAGUGAAAUAUGGAUCCUAACACUGACACUCGUCUUGUGAUUCUUGAGAAAACCGUCGUUUUGAUUUUGUCUUUAUUCAUUGCUAUGUAAUGUUAACUAUUUGUAUGUAUAAAACUGAAAAACAUGCACGUGUGAAAAGCCUUUCCACAUAGUUUGUGAAACCUUUCCGUUUGUUUUUUUUUGUUUCUGAAACGUAGAAGCACAAUGCGCAUCGGAACCUUUGUUACGAGUCGACUUGAUGAUGGCUUUUUGUAAAUUAUUCAUAAUGUGAUGCUGUAAAAUAAACUAAUUGAACUUAA